AUGACACCAGAAGGGAAAGAUGCAUCCGCAUCCACCAUACCAGGCAUGUACUUUGACACGAAGGACCGCCUCGACACUGUCUCGCGCUUCCCCAACUGGAAGCUACAAGUACGUGGCAUCCUAAAAUCUGCAGAUGCGUGGUCCCUCAUUGAGCCACCCGCCGGAUGGAAGAAGCCCACCAACUAUGAACCUCUCAAUUGCGCGGCCGUUGGGCUGCUGUACAGAUCCCUGGAUCCAUCCCUCCUCUACCUCGUAGAGGACAAAGAUCAAGAGGCAUCCACCAUGUGGGAAGCCAUUUGCGCCCACUUUGCACCCACCACCAGCGAGAGCAAGCUACGCUUAGCGUUCAAGUGGAUGCGCAUGAAGCCCGCCACGAACGUGGAUGCACACCUCAAGGAGUACCGCGACAUGCUAAGCACCAUGGCAGGCCUCAAGAUGAAACCGGGAAACCUAUGGGAGGUAGCCGGCCUGCUACAGACACUACCCCCAGAAUAUGAUGCACUGGUCCACGACAUUGCGAAGGAAGAAGAGUGCUCACCCCUGGAGAAAGUGUAUACACGCAUACACGACUUCAGUCUCACCCUGGAACAACGACCCGCAUAUGGCCUUGCUGCUAAGGCAUCAUCUCGCUCGUCCUCAAGAGCACCCAGCCCAUCCGGCCGGGACUCUCAACCGCCGGCGCCCUGUCGUAAGUGUGGUGGUAACCACUGGAAUGCCGACUGCACCGCCUCCCCUGCCGCAAUUGAAGCACAUCGCAGGUGUAAGACACCCUCUGGGCACGCCGCCACUGCCAACAGCGCCACAUCUUGCGGCACUAGCCCCACCGCAAAUGCUGCUGUUUCCAGGCUGCAACUCCCCGACCUUGACCUCUCCCUUGACCUGCCCAAUACACAGCGCAUAGGCUGGGCUGCAACAACCAGCAUGGCGCUGGCUGCCACAGGUGCUACCAACAACUGGUACUUGGACUCUGGCGCUUCUGAUCAUAUGACGGGCCUGUUCCACCACCUGGCAUCCCCAAAGCCAUUCUCCACUGCCAUACAAGGCAUCAACUCCUCGGCACAGGUGACCCAUGUUGCCUCAGUCCACAUCACUUUGGACAAUGGCACCUCAGCAGUAGGGGCUACACUCCGCAACGUUCUAUAUGCCCCUACACUACAAAUCAACCUGCUUUCCGUACAACAGCUAGGCCUACGCGGUCUGUCUGUCCUGUUCAAACCGGAGCUCGCAACCAUCUUCGACAAAGGCAGCAAGACGGUCUACGGCAAAGCGGACCGCACCCCUGAAGGCCUUUACCGCUUGCGCUUGCUCCCCAACGCCAUCAGCCCCGCUACGCCUAUCGCACUCAACGGCAAAGCCCAGCGCACCAGCGCUGUCCCCCUCACGCUCUGGCACAGCCGCUUGUGCCACGCGAACGGCGCUGACAUCCUCCGACUGGCACGCUCUGGCACCAUCACACUCUCCAGCACUGACCGCGAGCCGUGCGACCCGUGUCUCAAGUCCAAGAGCCAUCGUCGCACAUUUACUCCCCGCACUGAGGUCGCAUCCACGCGCCCCUUGCAACUGGUGCACUCCGACGUACUGGGUAUCGGUGCGCCAUCUGCACGCGGACGUCUCUACAUAUGCACUUUUGUGGAUGACUACAGCCGGCGUACUUGGGUCUAUCCUCUACGAUCGAAGAGCGAGGUACACCAAUCGAUAUUGCACUUUCAGGCCUCAGCCAAGCGAGACUGCGGCCACCAGCUCACCACGCUGCGCUCUGACAAUGGGGGCAAAUACCUAAGUGGCUUGACCAACAAAGCCCUCUCCAAAAUGGGCGUCACUCACGAAACCACCGUACCGCACACGCCGCAACAGAACGGUGUUGCUGAACGGCUGAACCGCACGCUCCUGGAGGGCGUAUGCUCCAUCUUAGCAGCCAGCGGCCUACCCGUCUCCAUGUGGGAGUACGCACUCCACGCCUUCGUCUAUACCAAGAACUGA